UACCGUUUGGGCCAUUUCCUACCUGANUUACGUGAUCACGUUAUAGAAAUAGGUGGUCUUAAAUUAUUGUUAAAGCUGCUCAGACCGGAUAUACCGCUCGGUUUUCUUCGGAACUUAACCUGGGUCAUAGUCAACUUGUGCGGGUAUAGAGAUCCACCACCGCCAAUUGCAGCUAUCAAAGAGCUGCUGCCGGCUCUUCUGUAUUUGAUCAAGCAUCCAGAUGACAGUAUUCUCGUAGAUACCGUUUGGGCCAUUUCCUACCUGACUGAUGGUGGUAACGAUCACAUUGAAAUGAUAAUCAACGCCGAAAUCGUUCCGCAUUUGGUCCCUCUGUUAUCUCAUACGAGUUCAAAAGUUCAGACUGCUGCUUUACGCGCUCUGGGGAAUAUCGUAACGGGCUCUGAUCAACAGACACAAGUUGUUCUGGAUUGCGGAGCAUUGAGUCAUUUUCCUGGACUUCUGAAGCAUUCACGUGAAAAGAUUAACAAAGAAGCCGUGUGGUUCCUCUCGAACAUUACAGCUGGUAACCAGAGUCAAGUACAGGCUGUCAUCGAUCAUAAUUUGGUACCCCUAAUACUUCAUCACUUAUCGGAAAGCGAGUUCCUCACGCGGAAGGAAGCUGCUUGGGCUAUCUCCAAUUUGACAAUCAAUGGAAAUGUAGAUCAGGUGCGUUAUGUUACUGAACAACAGGCCAUUCCUCCGUUGUGCAAAAUGCUCAGUGAACGCGAUACUCAGGUUGUUCAGGUGGUCUUGGAUGGCCUGUCCAACAUUUUGGCAGCGUCCGGUGAGAACUUGGAGCAAGUUACAACCCAAAUCGAAGAAUGCGGUGGAUUGGAUCGAAUUGAGGCGUUACAAGAGCAUCAUAAUGUGGACAUCUAUAGGUUAGCCUAUGGCAUCAUCGAGCGUUAUUUCGGAGAAGGAAUGAACGAUGACACUAACACGACCGCAGGUAUAGCGGGAGAUGAACGAUCACAAGACAUAAACCCUAUGUCGAACACCCCUUCGACCUUUGAGUUCAAUGCAACAAUGGACGGCACCUUGCAUGGCGGUCAACUGUUCAAUCAACAAGGCGGGUUUGACUUUUGA